UUGAUAAAAUUGGUUAAAAAGGGUGUGUUGAGGUUGGUGAUCAGUUUUAGUUUAUAAACGCAUUCUAACACCUUUCUUGCUCAUCUUUGUAUCUAUCACUAGGAUUUUCUUUGAGCAAGAACAAGAAACAAGGACGAGGAAUAAGACGACAAGGUGAAAAUUCAAAGAUUGUGGGUGCACGUAAACGCCUUAAACCUCGGUGCUGCACGCUAGUCUUUAUUUUAAUAGCCUUCGACUCGUUCUCCGAUUCGCCAUAGGCACAUAUAUAUAAAGAUCAAGGAAGCAAACAACAAAAAGAAACAUCAGAGAAUUGUUGUCAAGUUUUUUCACAGAAAUGGAUAGUAUUUAUUUAAAAACAGGAAUACACGGUAUAGCUCCGUCGAUCUCCGUUACAGGGGGUCUGGAGGCCCGUGUAAACGCAUCGCAGGUGAGUGCGGUGGGGCGGGAGAAAUCGACUGUGGCUGCAGCGCCGCCUCAGAAAGCGGCUUCGAGGUUUUCGUUUAGAUACCCUUUACAGUCUUUGUGGCCUGGAGGAGGUCAAAAUAAGAGGUAUAAUGGGAUGGCCAUAGACGAAGCCGUCUUAGUCGAUAAUGGAGAGACGAUAAGCGGUACUAAGGAAGAAUCCGAGAGUAGAACAAUGGGCUCAUCUGAGGGGCAAAAUGGUAACUGGGUUUUGAAGAUUUUGCAUGUCAAUUCUCUAUGGAAGGAGGAGGAGGAGGAGGGACAGAGGAGCAGUGAUGGUGGAGAGUCGAACAAAGAAGGUGAUGUUGAGAUGGUGAAUGGUACCGCAACUAACGAGGAGGAACAGGACGAGAAGUGCGAUGUGUGUAGAGUUAAGGAUGAUGACGAAAAAGAAAUUGAAUUUGAUAGAGAUUCGUUUUCAAGGUUGUUACGGAAGGCUUCAUUAGCUGAAGCGAAGCUCUAUGCACAAAUGUCGUAUCUUGGAAACUUGGCUUAUUGCAUACCCAAAAUGAAGGCAGGAAAUCUCUUAAAAUAUCGUGGCCUCCAGUUUGUGACUUCAUCAAUAGAUAAAAGAGAAUUGGCAACAAAAGCAGAAAAAAUUCAGGCGUCAGCUGAUGAUCAAGAAGCCAAGGAAGGGCUCUCAAAGGAGGUAGAGGGCAUGGAGCGGAAAAAUAAUAGGCAUAGCAUAAGUGCAUCUACUGCUUAUCAGAUAGCUGCCUCUGCUGCUUCUUAUCUGCAUUCUCAUACAAAAAGCAUACUUCCAUUCAAAUCCUCAAAAGUAGAGGCUGAUAAGGAUUCAGCUGAAGGAGAUCAUGGAGGCAAUCAAAGUGUGAAUGUGAUGAAUUCAGAGGUGGCUUCUCUAAUGGCGACCACUGACUCUGUCACAGCUGUGGUUGCAGCAAAGGAAGAAGUAAAGCAGGCAGUUGCAGACGAUUUGAGUUCAACACGUUCCUCGCCUUGUGAAUGGUUUAUAUGUGAUGACGACCAGGAUACAAGAUUCUUCGUGAUUCAGGGAUCUGAGUCGCUGGCAUCUUGGCAAGCAAAUCUACUUUUCGAGCCUGUUCAAUUUGAGGGACUGGAUGUGCUUGUGCACAGAGGUAUUUAUGAGGCUGCAAAAGGUAUAUAUGAACAGAUGUUGCCUGAAGUACGUGCUCAUCUGAAGUCUUGUGGCAGACGUGCAACCUUCCGUUUCACAGGGCAUUCUCUUGGUGGGAGCUUGUCUCUGCUUUUAAAUCUCAUGUUGCUGAUAAGAGGGGAGGUGCCAGCUUCAUCCUUGCUUCCUGUAAUAACUUUUGGUGCACCGUCAAUCAUGUGCGGUGGUGACUAUCUCCUUCGGAAGCUUCAGUUGCCCCGAAGCCAUGUUCAGGCAAUUACAAUGCACAGAGAUAUUGUGCCACGAGCGUUCUCUUGCAAUUAUCCUAAUCAUGUUGCAGAGCUUCUGAAGGCUGUUAAUGGGAGCUUCAGGAAUCAUCCUUGUCUUAAUAACCAGAAGCUACUUUAUGCUCCAAUGGGGGAGCUUCUAAUUCUGCAACCAGAUGAGAAAUUCUCUCCUCACCAUCAUCUCCUUCCAUCAGGCUGUGGUCUAUAUUUUCUAAGCUGUCCGUUGUCUGACAGUAAUGAUUCAGAGAAGCUCCUCCAAGCUGCACAAUCUGUGUUCUUAAACUCGCCGCACCCACUUGAAAUUCUAAGUGAUCGCUCAGCAUAUGGUUCUGAAGGAACCAUUCAAAGGGAUCAUGAUAUGAAUUCUUACUUAAAAUCUGUGCGCAGUGUGAUUCGCAAAGAGCUAAACCAACUAAGAAAAGCCAGAAGAGAGCAUCGCCGCAAGUUCUGGUGGUCUCUACUGGCACCACAUGGAAUAAAUGGUGUUGGAAUCCUUGUAGAGAGGCCUUUGGUGUCAAUCAAAAUAGGCCAAAAUCAAUUCAAUUUCUCUGCUGUCUUGCAGACAGGUAGGGAAUCCUUGAAACGGUUCAGCAGACUUGUUGCAUCACAACACAUGCAUUUGCUAGUGGUUUUGUUGUUCCCUGCAAGAUUUUUACUCAUGGGGGCAUACAGUGUGAUGAAUUUCCGAUGACUCGCCUGCUGAUUAAGGUAUUGUUGCAUUUCUGUCAUGGAAUAUUGUACAGGUCGCAGGCACAUGGCCAGCAAGAUCAUUCUUUAUUAGACAAUUCUUUAUUCGUUGCUUGAACAAAAAAAUACAAAGGAAGUUUCAAAUUAUCUUUAGUCAUACAUAGAAUUUGAGAUGUUGAAACGUUAUAUUGAGGAAAACCAUAAACCAAUAUUUGUUCACAGAAGUGAGAUUACCGUUUGUAAAAUUCUCAAAUCUGAUGGAAAUACUGUUAUGGGUAAUGUUGCAAAUGAGGAUUUAAAGCUUUUGAAUGA